AUCAAAACAUAACCAACCACAACAAACGUCAUGGACACCGUCAUGUCAUAACAAACCAUGCAUUGAAAGAAAUACUUUGUUUGAUAGAUAAACCGUUUAUUUUUUUGCUUGGAAAUCGUUAUUGGAGAAUGAUUAUAAUAGAACUGAAGAACAAAAGAUGUCAAAAGGCAAAGAAAUUAACUCUAGUUCAAACAAUGAGUUGAAACUUACUGGCGACAAGAUAAACUUGGAACAAAGAAAGUUAAACACAGUAAACACUGCAAGUGCAAAAAGUUCAAUGUUCAUAUCGAAAUGCUUUUCCAGACCAGUGUCAGCAUUACCGAGACUUAAUUAUUCUGAAAAGGAGGAUCAGUCUUCAAAAUGGGACAAUAGACCGUUCUCUGCAGAUUUUGUGGCCAAAGAACAAAAGUACUUAUCCAGAGGAUAUUUAGGAAGCAGUGUAGAAAGUAUUGAUGAUGACAAAUGUCUUCCAUCUACCCAGCUUUACAGAAACCUUCUUUCUGAAUCAGUUACUAAAUCAUGGAAAGGCUAUGAUGUUCCAUCUGCAUUAGUCAACAAUGAUGAUACUUCCGAUUUUGCCAACGAAAGCAAAGAAAACACAUGCGAAGAGAGUAGUUCUAUCUCUUCUGUGGAUACUUUGCAACCUGAAAAUAUACCAUAUGACGGGUACUCUGAAAUGAUGCCUGGACUAAGAACCAAACCACCACUGCCCAAAAAAACUGACCACUCUGUAGACGACAAUACGCACACAAUGGAUGUCAUACGUGAUUAUUUUGAUAUAAGAUAUGAUACAUUUAAGUCCAGAGAAAAUUCUACAGUUUCAAUUGGUAAUGAGAGAAAUUUAAAUAUAAAUGAUUAUAAUACACAUGGUUAUGACUAUCAUGCUAAUAAAAUAAAAGAGAACCAACAACAGGAAAGUACCACAGAUUUAAAUAAUGUGAGUUCGAGUGAUUUAAUGUACAAGGAUUGGUUGGAUGAAGAUAUCACGAAAAAAGAAACUGAGACUGAUAAAUAUUUAGAAAAACUUAAAAGCGAACAUUGUAUUUCAAAUUCAAACUUUACUGAUAACACAAAAAUUGUCGAAAAAUGGAGUAAAGUUGAUGAAUUUCCUACUCUAUCGAGUAUGGAUAUAGAUGAACUAUUCAAAGACGACACUGAUAAGAAAUUUGAUAAGUUCUUUCAACAUGAAUUAAACAGUGAUAGCUCACUUGAUGAUGUUAACAAAAACAAAAUAGUUGUUAAAGAACCCAAAGUAACUAAAUUAAAAGAAAAAAUUUCAGGAACUACAACUCCAAACAUAACCAAGAAGACAUUGGUAAAUAAUAAAGAGCUGCCAAAAUCAAUUGUACCAAAGAAAAUUGAUUCCAAACAAAGAUUUAUCUCAAAACCAAUAAAAGGAGGUAAAGAUUAUACAGAUGCAUCUAGAAAAUCUCCGGACAUUGAGACUUGGAUGAAUAGAAGUUGCUCCAAGUCUAAAAAAACAAAUUAUCGAGAUUUGCUAAAGAACGUAAGCGAAAUAGAGCAACUGAGUAGUGUAAAAACUCCGGAAAAGAUUAUUUCUGAAUGCGACGCCGAUGAUAAAAUUGAAGCUUCAAGUCAAAUAUCGGAAGGUUUUGAUGAUCUAGUUUCAAUUCUCGAGGUGUUGGAAAAUGAGGACAAAAAAUCGAAAAAGAGAAUUGCUUCUGUUAAAAACUUAGUUGACUCUUCUUUAAAUCAGUAUGAUACUAAAGAGAGCGAAAUAAAAAUCAACCCAGUUCAUGAACAAACCACUAAAAAUAUAAGUUUAAAUAAUGAAGAAGAUACAAACCUCCCGGAGAUAAAUCAAAAACGAGAUCCAAGUGAAAGGCAAGUCACUUUUUCUCCGGUAGUUUCGCAAAGAAACAUUGAGUCAGCUUGCAGUAAUAAUUCAGACAGUCCUGAGCCUUAUUGUAAUACUAAGUUCAUUUACCAAGAUGCUGACUUUGCUGUGGAUAGAUUUAAUCAUAAGUUUGCGAUUAAGGGUGAUACUAAUUACAACCAGCUGCUGUCAUUUUUAGAUGAAAUGGAUAGAAAGUGUUCAAAGUCUAUAAAGCAGGCAAAAGAAAACGCAAUGCUAGCUACAAAAAUUACCCAAUCUUCUCUAAAUUUGGACACUGUACCAAGGAUAGAAGAUUUAGAAUCACUUUCUAGACAAGAACUAGCUAGCCAGUUGAUAGAUGUUCAUCUUCGUCUUAAAGAGAAACAUUCCUCUAUUUCUCUAUUACUGAACGAGUUGUCAGCAUUAAGAGACCAGGCAGUAAAACACAAUUCACAAACUGAUAAUUUAGUGAAACAGAAAUUAAAGCAACAGAAAGAUGAGUAUGAAGGUGUUGUAAAGAGACAUCAGAAAUUUAUCGAUCAGUUGAUUGCUGAUAAAAGAGCGUUGAAUCAGCAAUGCGAAGGAUUGAUACAAGAGAUGAAGGUAGUCGAAGACAGGUACAAUACAAACACAAAAGCGUUAGAGCACAAGCAUCAAGUAGAAAUUCGCAAAAUAAAGGAAAUGCAUGCAGCUGGUGAAAAGAUCAGAAGAGAGCGAUGGAUUGAAGGAAAAACACAGAAAAUUAAGGAAUUAACAGUUAAAAGUAUAGAGCCAGAAAUUCAGAGCAUGGAAAAGCGUCAACAGCAAGAACUAGCCGAUAUGAGAGCUUUACAGAAGAAAGAAAUCGAAGAUAUAGAGUUAAGAUUGGUCAAAAAGCAUCAACAGCAACUGGAGCAAUUAAGGGAGCAACUUACGGAAGAAAGAGAAAAAUUAUUAGCCCAUGAAAGGGAAGUUGUCAGACAAAGGUACGAGAAAUUAGUGGAAUCGGAGGAAAAAAACUACCAAGAACAAAACAAACGUUUGCAAACGGAACACGCAAAUCGAAUGAAGGAGUGCGACGAGCGGGAUGAGCAGGCCCAAGUGGAGAAAGAAAGGGCGAUUAAGCACGCCAAAGAGGAAUUUGACGAUCAGUUACAGGUGGUUAUUCGUCGACAUUCUAAUGAACUGAAGCUUUUGAAGGAAGCGACGCGUCUCGAAUUCGAAACGUGGAAGGCCAAUUUUAAUAAGAACCAAGCGACGGCCUUAAUAGAAAAAGAGGCCGCCAUCAGAGAACAGCACAGAAAGGAACGGGAUCAGGAGAUCGAAAAAGUAAUUGAAAGACUGGAGAGGGAAGCGGGAGAGACGAAAUGUCAGAUAGAACAAAGCACCGAGAACCGAAUUAGCCGACUGAAAGAAAAAUACGAAAAAGAAAUACAGGAUCUGGAGACCUCCGAAAAGGAAGCGAAAAAUAAAUAUUUAGAAACUAAGACCAAACUAAUUGAAAACGAAGAAGUUAUAAUUGGCCUCCAGGCUAGUCUGAAACAAUUGGAAACUCAACUGAACGAAUAUAAGCAGCAAACUGAAAACUUUAACAAAGAACGCGCCGAGAUGAAAGAAAUAUUAAGGCAAGAAAUGAAAAAGGAAAUGGAAGCUUUGGAAAAGGAAGUUGCGCAGCUAAAAAAUAACAGAGACAAAGAAAUACAACAGUUGUAUUCAAGGAUUAAAAUUUCCGUUGCUAGGAAGGACGAAAUCCUAAAUGAGCUGCAAAUAGAGCACAAAGCGUUACAAGAAAAAUGCAUUUAUUUAGAAAAUAUGCUGGAGCAACAAAGAAAGGAAUACUUAGUGAAAUAGAAUUUUAAAAUACUGAAUAAUUUAAGCAACUUCCACUGAAAUACUAGAUAAGUUAAUUAAGAGAUUAAUAUAAGGUAUUUUU